ACGGUCUCAGCCUUCGCUCAACUGCUCAUCAAUAAGGAGAAUAUGAAGACAUGGAAUGAUGUGAUCAAUUGCACUGAAGACCAACAGAACCAACUCUUGGAUCAAAUCAAUAUAAAGAGAUCCAGAGCUCAAAGUGAAUGCAAAGCUCCUGACGAUGGAGUGGACAGUCGUACACAUGAGACUGCAUUCACUGCCGACCAAUGCUUCAAACGAAUUGAUUCUGAUCUCAAGAAUACGCUGAAGAAGAAGCACUUACCACUCGGAGUGUUGGCUCACAUUGAAGAAGAAAUCACAGCCUUCUUCCGCGACAAGCCGUUCGCCACCUAUAAGUCGUGCCUUCAAUCCACAGGUUCAACAAAAUCGGGGUUUCGACGCCUUCUACUCCACGCCUGCUGUCAAUAUCUGGACCUCAAGUGUCUCAGCUUUGAUGCAAACGGCGAGCGCUGGUCCAGAGUUAACAAUCGCAACAAAUAUUUCUCUCAGCCGUCAGUAAUGCUCACC